AUGGUCGUCUUCUUCUCCCCUUCUCCAGCGUUGAUGACUCAGAUUGUGCAGCUCCGAACCUCUCUCUCUCUCCGGUGGUCUCCCCAUCCUACAGAUCUGAACCCGGGACCUCCUCCGAAACCUCCAGAUCCACCGGAUCCUCCAAAUCUGAUAUCUCUAGAGCAGCGACAGCCUCCGCAACCGCCGGAUCCACCGGAUCCUCCUCUCGUCACUUCUACUGCAACUCUCGUCACAGCCGCUUCUCCUGCUAUUUUUGUCACAGACACUCCUCUGCUUAGUGCAAGUGGAAUCAUUGGACCAGCCAUGAGCCGCUGUUCAAGCGCUAUACCUAGUUCUGACAAACUUCAUCUCAGAUCCGCGUUGCCUCCAAGCUCUCUUACUGCCGCAACCAAGCUCCUCAGUUCCGGAGGGGUUGACGUCAGCCAUGGUCUCUUCUCAGGUUGGGCCUGGCCCAUGAAUCAAGAUGAAGUGUUCAGCCCAUAUCCACACCUCUUGAGAAAUACUCCUCACCUCUCUAUCAAAGCUCGUUCUCACAUCUUCUUUUUGAAUGAGGUUCGUGACUGGUUGCUCAGGUUUAGUUUGAUUACAAUUCGUUCGUCUUGUCACGGUAAUGUCGAGGUCCGAAGGAUUGAUCUGAUUAGAACUUUUGCUCCGUCACCAUACCUCAUCAUUCUCAGCGCUUUUAGAAGGAUUAAGUUGUUUCCGUCACAUCGUCAUCUUCCGCACUCCGUCGUCAAAGUCGUCAAACCUAAGCGUGUCACCAAAGAGGUCAAUGAGCUGAUUUUAGUGGACCUGGUCCAAAUUUGGGUUUUUGAGAGCCUUUCACAUCUGUGUUUACGGGUUCACAUAGCCCAAUUUAAGAGCUUCUCACAUUCAGCUCCUGAACUACUGUUCUUGUUCUUCAGUAUCAAAUUAAGUCAAUUAGGACUUCGGUUUUCAGAAAGCUUCAUCAGCUUAUCCUUUAUUGCAGAGGCCAUCGUGAUUCGAUCGGCAUUUCGCAUGGCGCUAACCUUGAAGUUCUCCACACUCAAGGUUCUCUCCGACAGUUUAACGCUAAUCAGAGCUAUCUCCGGCAACCUCCAGUCAAAAGAAAUCAUCGGAAUUGUGAAAGGCAUCCGAUCGAUCUCCUCUGGUUUUGCAACAGUUUACCUCUAUCGUGUUUGUAGAUCGGACAAUUUAAUUGCUGAUGUUUUAGUAAAAAGGCUCUUCAAGCUUUUUUCUCUUUGUAUCAGACAUCAUGAUUUGAGCCAUCGUUUUGAGUUCACUUCUUUUUCUUAG